AUGGUGUUCUCAAGAACUGCAUCAGAUGUUCUGCUGCAUGAAAACACAGAUUCCCAAUUUGUGGCCCCAGUAAAACCAGGGUUCCUCUCUCUUCUGGAGUUGCAAAAAACCGGGCGUUUGUGGAACAGCAUCCAAACACAGGAAGACGAGGUGCCAACAAGCACUGGGGACUGGGAACGACCGGCCAGACGGCGUUGCCUCAGCCUCCACUUUGGCGGAGCGAUAUCGAGCACCGUCGCUCACUCCCCCUCGGUUAAGCUGCUUCCCCAGAUAAGACGCUCUGAGAGUAGGGCAGCAAAACGGCGCGGGCGGGCAACACGGCGCCGUCCCACACAGCGUCGCCGCACGGAGGCACCGCCCCGGCCCCCGCUGAGGCGCACCCCGCCCGCCCAGGAGCAGGGCGGGCCGGGGGCGGGCCGCGGGGCCGCACCGAGCCCCGCACCGGAGCAGGGCGCUGACGCCGCCGGAGCGCAGCCUCCUCCCCCAUCCGCUGCGAGCGGCGCCCGCGCUGCCACAUCGGCACGGCCGCUCCGCCAGGCGCUUCCCGGAGCAGAGCGGGAGCCCCCGCGUGCCGGGAGAUGGAGCUCCGCUGCCGCGCUUGCUGCCACCGCCGCUGCCGCCCGCCGGGACCCGCGCUCCGCCAGGGCCGCCGCUGCGAUUGCCGGGCCGGGCAGCGCGGCGCCGCCGCCUAACGCCGCAGCCGAGGGGGAGGCCCUCCGCCCGCAGAGCCCCCUCCUUCCCGCCCUCCCGCCGCCGCUUCCCCGCCCCCGCCCGGCGCGGCCGGGCUCCGCCGCCCGGAGCGGGCCAUGGCGAGGCGAUGAGGGAGCGGCCGCCCCUGCCCGCAGGCUGCGAGGGGAGGCGGGGAGCGACGGGGCCGGGCGGCUCGGGGGGAUGUGGGGUGCGGGGGCCGCGGCGCUACAGCUGCUGUCCCGGGCCGUGAGGCAGGGUGCCCGGCAGGAGCUGGGCCGCUGGCUGUCCCGGGCGGCCGGCACGGCGGCGGGAGGCGGCGGCGACCCCGGCGGCUUCGUCCCGGCGGAGGCCGGCGGGCUGCUGCUGGGGCCCUACGCGGAGCAGGGCGGGCUGCCGCCGGCAGAGCUGCUGCUGUGCCCGCUGCCCGAGGCGGGCGGCGGCGGGCCCGGGCUGACCGAGGCCCGCGGCUGGCGCUGCUCCUGCUGCCUGCUGGGCACCUGCUGGUGCAAGAGCUGCCUUAGCGUGUGCGUCCUGGCGGCCCUGUGCUUCGCCUCGCUGGCCCUGGUGCGCCAGUACCUGCGCGACCUGCUCCUGUGGGCGGAGAGCCUGGACAGCCUUGCCGGCGUGCUGCUCUUCACCGUGGGCUUCAUCGUCGUGUCGUUCCCCUGCGGCUGGGGCUACAUCCUGCUCAACGUGGCCGCCGGCUACCUCUAUGGCUUCGUGCUGGGCAUGGGGCUGAUGGUGCUGGGCGUCCUCGUCGGCACCUUCGUGGCGCACGUGGCCUGCCGGCGGCUGCUGGCCCGCUGGGCGCUGGACAGGAUCCAGAGCAGCACGACGCUCAGCGCCGUCGUCCGCGUGGUGGAGGGCGGCAGCGGGCUCAAGGUGGUGGCCCUGGCGCGCCUGACGCCCAUCCCCUUCGGGCUGCAGAACGCUGUCUUCGCGGUUACAGAUCUGUCGCUGCCCAACUACCUGAUGGCUUCUUCAGUUGGGCUGCUUCCUACUCAGCUCCUGAACUCAUACUUGGGAACUACCUUGCGCACCAUGGAGGACGUGAUCGCAGAACAAAGUGUUAGUGGCUAUUUUAUAUUCAGUUUACAGAUUGUUAUAAGCAUAGGACUUAUGUUUUAUGUUGUUCACCGAGCUCAAGUGGAACUGAAUGCAGCUAUUGUAGCGUGUGAGAUGGAGAUGAAGACAUCUCUUGUUAAAGACUGCCAGCCCAGCAUCAGCGGUUCGACAACAUACUGCAACAAAAGGACAGUAGCGUUCUCUGGGGGAGGUGUCAAUAUUGUGUGAUUUCAAGUAUUAAUAAAAUAAGGUUUUUGUGAACCUAAGCUAUUGCCUAGAAAUGUCUAUGGACAAUUCAACUAGCUUUUAAAAUGAUAUUUCAAAUGGUUACAGGUUGUACUAUGGCACAAACCAACUGACCAGCUCUUGAAUUGCACACGGGGUGACUUCUGGCAAGAAAAAUAACACGGUGAAGUAACUUGAGAUGUAAAUGCAAGUUUGGCUGCACCUUUGGUCAUUUAUUAUGCCUAUCAGGCCUGUAGUCUGCACUUUAGUUUUUGUUUUUUUUUUUUCCUUUGUUCCUAUAAACAGAAAAAUGCUUCUAUAAACUGAGAAAAGUAGCACAGAGGUAAAUAUUUUUCUGCUUAGCAUUAUUUAUAAGGCUGAAUAAUUAUAUGCAGUAGAACUUUAUUACUGAUAAAGAUGAAUGAGAAAGUAUGCAGUUCGAUGUACAGUAUUCUUGAAUGUGCUUUUGCUUCCAGACCUUGGAGUGUAUUAUUUUGGUAACGAUGGGACCAUUUGGCUUUUCCUUCAUUUUUGAUUUCAGGGGUUGAGGGUGGGGAGAGAACCCUAUAUAAAUUUUUGGUUGAAUGUAUUUUUGUAAGUCACUGAAAACGUUGUAGAGCCAUGCAUAUGUAGUCACACAAGCUUAAAUCCUACAUGGUGGGACUGAAGUGCUCUUAAAUAACAUUUUAAGUUACACUGUGUAAUAUGCAAAGUAAAAGGGAAAGUGCAGAUGUUAUAAUAGAUUGCAGUGAAGGAGCUUCUGUUUGAAGGAAACUUCAAGAAUUAACCAACUGUUGCAUUGGUUUUACCAUCGUGGUGAUUGUAACAAAGGGCUGUUCCAUGUUAAUCCUAUUUAUAAAUAGUUUAAUUGGAAUGGUGUUUUUCAGCUCACAUGCCUGCAUAUAAUAAGGCUUCCAGACCAGGGAGCUAAAUCUCUCCCUCAAAUACAAAAUGAGAUACUAGCAGACUAAUCUUACAUGAACGUGGCCUUUAUUUUGUAAGUGAAUCCCUCCCUCCCUUUAAAAAGCUUUAAAAAUCAGUUGAUGUGUUUUUUUUUUUCUACAAGUUUUACAUUUUUUUAAAGAUGCAAUCUAUUAUAAAUUUCAUCAGAGUGAAGAAAUGAAAACUAGGGGUUUUCUUUGGAAAAAUAAGUAGUAAUGUUUCUGAGGCUCAGGAAUUCUGACUCCAUUUUUGCAAGACAACACUGUAUUAGAUAACGCUCCUUUUACAUGUGCUAUGGACUGUUUUUUCACUGCAUUUGAACAGACUAGAUAACCUGAUAGUAUUUUGUGUGCGUAUGUGUGUGUAUGUUUGUGCAGGUAAAAGGAAAACAACAGCACCUGAAGGUGACCUCUUGUAUGUGUGUUUCCCGUAGAUACACAUGCCAACAUUCAAUUGCUCAAACACCCACAAGUCAUCUGGUACAAAAACAAUGCAAUGUAUUGCUUAUUUUGUAUUUAUUUUGUGUAAGAUUUAUAGGAUGCUUUCAGUCUUCAAGACUGUGUUAUUUUCUAACAGAACACGACUGUGCCUCCUUUUUUGUAAGGCUGUUUGUAGGGUCCGAGCAUUCUUGUCUUGUGGCAUAUAGCAGGAGAGCAGCAAGUCUUCAAGGUAGUUGGGAAGCAGAGAUUUGAUGGCCUUUGGCAGUCUUACUGCGAGGAUGUAAGGUAACUCGACAGCCGAGCAAUCCUUGGUAGUGAAGUUCAGUUUUGCUCUUCAAAUGCUUAUCCUUUGUGGACGGCUGUUUGUGGGUCUUGUGACCUAAGGAACCAAACGAGUUGCGUAACGAUGUUCAGAUUGUCUCCUCUUUAAUCAUUUUUAUUUCGUUUGUUUGUUCUUUUUGAAGGCAAUCUGCAUAUACCUGGAAGUGUUCAUUUACACAUCUCUGCCUCUGACAGCUCCUGUGUGAAAACAAGAGAGCCAGAUUACUUUUUGAUGGCGUUAUUUGUCAUCGUGGUAUGAUUGAGCCCUUCCUGAACUAAACAGUUAAAAUGUGUUUUAUUUCUUGAAACAGAACGAUCCUUGAAUAAAUGUUCCGAACUUUGCUCUAUCUUGCUAAAUCAACAAUAGUGUUUUCAAGAGGUUAUCUCUUCUUUUUCUUUUUUUUUUUUUUAAACUAACUUAAGGUUGUGUUGUUUAUUGAAGAACAUUUCCCAAAUAUGUAUUUUGAAGUGCUUUUAUUUCCAUGACACUUUGUAACCAGAGUAACUUCACUAUAUGAACACUUUUGUAGUAUGGAAAUAGUUCUUAAACCUUUUGCAUUUUGCUUGAUACUUGUAAAAUUUGUGUACAAGUCAAUGGGAAAUGUGCAUUAAAAGGAACUUUUCUGUA